AUGUUGGCCAAUAUUCAAUCCAAAUUUCCAGCUGAUAAUGAUAACAGACCUUUCAGAUGUGAACUUUGUCAGCGUGGGUUCCAUAGAUUGGAACAUAAAAAGAGACAUGUGAGAACGCAUACCGGAGAAAAACCGCACGGAUGUCAGUUCCCCGGAUGCAACAAAUUCUUUAGCAGAACAGAUGAAUUAAAAAGACACGCAAGAACUCAUAUUGGAACUUCUCAACGCAAAACAAGAAAGGCUAUUCCAAAGCCACUUUCAAAAUCAAACAGUGAUAGUCAGAUUCCUCAGUUGAACAAUACAAAAAAAAUUUUAAAACAGGAGAUUAGUACUCCGCCUAGGGCAUCUGCAGCUCUUUCAUUAUCUGCUUUAUUGCACCAUCAUGAUGUACCCAUCUCUUCACGUACUGUUCUUGGGAACUCUACAUUACUGGAAAAACCUAUUUCAAGGACAAUGUUCCCACCAAGUUUACAGAAAGUUACUCAAUUUAUACCGAUGACCGCUGCUACACCCGAGAAUAAACCAGUAGAGACAUCAAUACCGAAUUCCCCAUUAUCCCAAAAUAAUUCGAUAUCUGCAUCCAGUAGUUCGUUGUCAUUAAAUUCUCUAAUGAACAGUAAUAAUAGUAGUCAAAUGUCAUCUGCCUCCUCAGUAUCUUCAUUUUCUGACGCAAGUUUCAGUUACUUAGAUACCUCAUUGAAAUUAGGAAAUAGAAGAAGGGCCGAGUUCCAUAUGAUCACUGAUGAGAACGACGAUGAUAGCACUAACACAAGACAUCAUAGUAACCCUUCAAAUGGAGUGCAACUUCCUCCUAUUAAGUCUAUAUUGGCUAAUAUAGACACCUUCAACAAUGGAGUUCCGCAACAACUUAACCGUUCUCCUACAUAUCAACAAGCAUAA